UCCAGUCUAUUUUAUAACAGCCUUCCAAAAAAAAAAACCGAAGUGUUAAACAGUCUUCUUAGAUCAAUGGCUUCCUCUGUUAUGUCUCUCCAAUCUAUCUAUAUGACAACUCUCAACAAUCUGUCCUGCAAUAACAAAUCUCAUCUAAGCUCUCUUCUUGGUUUCUCUAGAUCCUCCCAGAGUCUUGGAAUCUCAUCCAACGGUCUAAAUUUCUUCUCUCGAUCAAGUUUCACUCCCAAGAAGAACCUCACUCCUACCCGAGCUCUCUCCCAAGACUCUAGACCAAGUAAAGUUCAAGAACUAAGCGUGUACGAGCUCAAUGAACUAGAUAGACACAGCCCUAAAAUUCUGAAAAACGCCUUCAGCUUAAUGUUCGGUCUCGGCGAUCUUGUCCCAUUCACAAACAAACUCUACACCGGCGAUCUCAAGAAGCGUGUGGGAAUCACCGCCGGUCUCUGCGUCGUGAUCGAACACGUCCCCGAGAAGAACGGUGACAGAUUCGAAGCUACGUACAGCUUCUACUUCGGAGACUAUGGCCACUUAGCCGUACAAGGACCGUACUUGACUUACGAGGACUCGUUCUUGGCCAUCACUGGUGGCUCUGGAAUCUUUGAAGGUGCGUAUGGACAGGUUAAGCUUCAGCAGCUUGUGUACCCGACGAAACUGUUCUACACUUUUCACCUUAAAGGGUUGGCUAAUGAUUUGCCUAAGGAGCUUACCGGAACGCCAGUUCCUCCGUCUAAGGAUGUGAAGCCGGCGGCGGAAGCUAAGGCGUUGGAGACCAGCGGAGUUAUAAGCAAUUAUACUAAUUAGUUAAAUGAAUAUAGACUUUUGUUUCAAAUGUUGUAUAUUCUUGAACUUUCUUGAAAAAAAAAAA